GAAGACACAACAACUGAAGAGAAUGUCACAACAAACUGAUGCAAAUCCAGAAGAAGUGAAACAUCUGAUGAAGUUGACUUUCUACACGCAGCGCAAAGAGGUGAACAAGGGAAAGAAUAUACACUACCUUCUGGAAGAGUGGCCGCUUUGGUUCAAUGAACCUGGCAUGGGAGUCCACUAUAAGGAACUUACCGGAACUGGCCUCAAAGAAACUUUCAUACGGAACAUUGAUCUGAAGGGGAAACGGCUCCUAAACUACAUGAACACUGUUGGCGUGAACAAGAACAAAAAGUGCCUACAGGCUGUAACAAAGAUACAAGUGAUGAGAGGAGAGCUGAGCGGUUGCUCUGAAGACGUCAAAGACUUGGUGCUGCUACUGCUGUCCUACUUUGACGAAAAGGAAGAUGUGAUGUUCUGCUAUGUAGAGGACACAUGCCUGGUGGGGGAAUUACAGAUGGACCAAGUUCGCUUGACUCCCACCAUUGUGGUUUGUGGCAGAUCCUGCUAUUCUUCAAAACGUUUCAUGCUGAGUGUGGAUCGAACCAUUGUCCACAACAACAUCCCGUCCUUCGUUUCUGCCCUGUGCCUGAUGUUUGGGAGCUAUUACUGCUUUAACAUCCAUUACCCAUCAGAACUGGCAUCAACCCUGGAGUUUCUGCAGAGAUGUUUCUUCUCAAUCAAUCCAGAGAAGGGCACAAAAGUGGAGAAGACGCGAACAGCCCGUCUUCACGUGAACCCGAGAGUCCUUACCCUAAUUCAGGAACUUUCUGAUCACGAGUGGCGUGAUGUCUGAGUAUGGACUAAACUAAGUCAGACUUCUGAUAUUUGAUGUGGAUCAGUUAUAGUUUAAAG